CCUUCUUCUUCCUGAGUCUUGUUACAGUUUCACAUACAGCAGAAGAAAGCUGCAGUAACUGGCCACUACCCACCUGAGAAAUCUACAGCUGUGACAGCUUUGCAGGAAACAGAGACACGUGCAAAUAGGGACCUAAAAUGGAGGCACUGAGUUAUGCAUGCAACAAUUUUUCACUUGAUUUAUUCAGGACAUUAUGUCAAAACAACCCUCAAGGAAAUAUUUUCUACUCGCCACUAAGUAUCUCAGCAGCAUUGGCCAUGAUAUUCUUAGGUACAAAAGGUAAAACUGCUGAACAAGUGUCCAAGGUGCUGCACUUUGAUAGUGUUCAAGACAUUCAUUCAAACUUUCAAACCCUGAACGCUCAGAUUAAUAAGAAAUCUAGUUCCCAUUCCCUGAAUCUGGCUAACCGGUUAUAUGGAGAACAGACUUUCAACUUUCGUCCUGAAUUCUUAUCAUCUAUCCAGAGUUUAUACCAAGCUAAAUUGGGCACAGUUGACUUUAUAUCUGCCUAUGAAGCUGCUAGAAAUGAAAUCAAUAAAUGGGUUUCAGAACAGACAAAAGGAAAAAUUCCAGAAGUACUAUCUCAGGGAUCCGUAGAUGGAACAACCAAAUUAGUGGUAGUGAAUGCCAUAUAUUUUAAAGGUGACUGGGCUGAGAAAUUUAACCCUGAGCAUACAACGGAAGCACCAUUUAGAUUAAAUAAGAAUGAACAAAAACCUGUUAAAAUGAUGUAUCAGAUGAAAAAGCUGCCUUUCAACUACAUCCCGGAACUUCGUUGUCGAAUUCUCGAGCUCCCAUAUGUGGGAAACGAACUUAGCAUGAUUAUCCUAUUACCAGACAAUAUCGAAGACGAAACAACUGGUUUACAAAAGCUUGAAAAGGAAAUUACUUUAGAAAAACUUCAGGAAUGGACACAACACAUGUAUCCAAUUGAUGUACGUGUGCAUCUGCCAAAAUUCAAAUUAGAAGAAAAUUACAAGCUGAAAUCAACAUUAUCUGCUCUGGGAAUGGUGGAUAUUUUUGAUGCAGCUCGUGCAGAUCUAUCCGGCAUAUCAGGAUCUCCAAAUCUAUUCUUAUCUGAAGUCAUUCACAAGUCUUUUGUGGAGGUAAAUGAAGAAGGCACAGAGGCUGCGGCUGCCACAGCUGGCAUUGCAAUGAUGUGCUUGUCCCGUAAAGAGGAAUUCAAUGCAGAUCACCCGUUUCUCUUCUUCAUUCGGCACAACGACACUAAGAACAUUCUUUUCUUUGGCAAAUACAGCACUCCAUAAAAAAGCAAACUGACAACUCAGCUGCCUAAAUAUGACGAGCACUCCAUUUUAUAGGCUUGAUUGUGCCAUAUAUCAAAGAAGAAGGAAAAUAAAGGAACUAUUCUUCUUA